UUUCUCUGAUCGUUGCGGGAUCAGCCAUGAACUCAAAAUCACGGUAUUUCCUUCUUUUAGUUUCUUCCGUUUGCUCCUGCUUCGUCUUUUGGAUGGGAAGAGAACAGACAAAUAAGUUCAGAAUCAAGAAACAGAUAUGGACUGAUCAAAAGGAAAUGAAUCAACCAGAAUGUGUGGAAAUAGCCAAAAUCCUCACACUUAAACCCAAUAGGUUUACUGAGGAUGAUUUUAUUAAACUGUUCAAGCAACUUCAGAAAUGCAAAUGGGUGAAGAACAUAGAAGAGCAGAAGAUUUUGAGGUCACAGCUGCAGAAAUGCUGCAAUGCAAGUCAAAAUUUUAUUGUCACUCAGGACAAUUCACCAUUGGGAACAAAUAUCAGUUAUAGUGCAGAACCUCAAAGAAUUUUUAAAAUUACAGAAGAUGUUGUCAAUCUACUUCCUAAGACAGUACCAUUUAAAAAACUUAAGCACUGCUCUGUUGUUGGAAAUGCUGGAAUUUUAGCGAACAGCAGUUGUGGAACUGAAAUAGAUCGGGCUGACUUUGUAUUCAGGUGUAAUCUGCCUCCUGUUGUUGAUUAUAAGGAUGAUGUGGGUACUAAAACGGAUAUUGUGACUUCCAAUCCAACUAUCAUUGUGAAUAGGUUUAAAAGUCUUAAUUUAAGAAGAAAACCAUUUAUGGACCAUAUAUCUGCAUAUGAAGAUGCAUUUAUUCUGUUGCCUGCAUUUUCUUUUUCAUUCUGUACUUCAACUUCAUUUAAAGUUUUAUACACUCUGCAAGAUUUUGGAACGAAACAACAGGCAGUGUUUGUAAAUCCUUCGUAUAUGAAAUCCAUCAGUAAAUUCUGGAAAGAUAACGGUGUAAACGAGGGUUUUCUUUCCAGUGGUUUGAUAAUAUUAAGUGCAGCAUUGGACAUGUGUGAGGAAGUUCGGUUGUAUGGAUUUUGGCCCUUCACCAAGGACAUGAAUGGAAACCAAUUCUUCCAUCAUUACUACGACAAUGUGUUGCCAUCAAGAGCUCACAAAAUGCCUGCUGAGUUCUACAAACUAAUGCAGCUUCACAUGAAAGGCAUUGUGAAACUGCGAGCUGGUAGCUGUGAAAACGUAAGAAAUUGAUAAACUUGAAACAAAAAAUCUUAAUAUUUUGUGAUUGGGAAGCAAAAAUAAACUUCCUUACAACUAUUAUUGAUGCAACAUAGAAAACAUUCUGUCUGGAUAUUUAACAGCUCUGCAUAUGACUGCAAGAAACUGCUGAGAGUUUUGGACGUAACUUAGCACAUCACGGAAACCAGCCUCCUCUGUGGUAAUUCUGUCAAUAUUUUGUGUGGAAAGAUGCCUUUCAACCCAAUGAGUUCAGGCCCAUCCACUUUACAUUAAUCCUAUGUUUUAUUUUCCCUAAAUUCUCUUCAAUCCUCUUCCCCUUAUCAACAACUGGCAAUUUACAAUGGCCAGUUAACCUACCAUUCCACACAUCACUGAAAUGUCAGGGGAAGCUAUGUGGAAGCACCCAGAAGUUACCCACAUGAUCACAGGGAGAACCAGCAAACUCCAGUAACAGAGCACCCAAGAUCAGGAAUGAAUCUGGUUGCUGGCACUAUGAGUCAGUCACUCAACUAGCAGAGCCACAGUGACAGGGUAUAAAUGUGUUUUUUUUUUAAAUUUAUGGUUUUCUCUCUCUUCAGAUAAUCUAAUAAAUUAUUACUACUGAUAACACUUUAUGAUACUGCACUAAAUAUGUUAACUAAAUUGUAGCACCCUGGUUAAGAUUUUACUGCUAAUGUUGUAGGUUUUUGUAAAGUUGCUGCCAUUUUCUGUGGAAGCAGUGUGUUCUGCUGGUAGUGUUUGGGUUAUCGUUAAGGGGUUGUGAUGUUCAUGCAUCCAAUCAUGAUGGUGGAAUUGGGAGAAGGUUCUAGAGAAUGCUGGGCAGAGAGGUUUUCUAAUGGACACUGGGGUGGGUCGAGGUCUUUUUGGCGAGAGAUAGAGAGAGAAGUAUCUGAAGAGAACCAGCCGUGGGAUUCAUUCCAACGAAAGUGCGUGAUUCGAUGGAGUCCGAGAGGGGAAAUCCUACCGGUGAUCGGUGAAUAGGAGUUGGCGCCGUGAGUACAUUGGACACAUCAGCUUUUGGAAGAUCUGAGCUCCAACCUCUGCACUUUUGACUUUUAAUUAUGGUGGGGGCCCUUUGGUUUUUCUCUUUUACUUCUUUCAUCUUAAAUAACAGUGUAUUUUGUGUGUAAGAGAAAGAGAUAUAUGAUUAGAUU